GCCACGCGCAUUACGACGUCAGCAACGACGUGCAGAGAGGGCAAAGGUCAAAUCAGUGAUGAAGAUUCCUCCUCCUCCUCCUCCUCUCAGCAGCAGAGCAGACUCACUCACUGUCGCACUUGUUUAUCAUCUUUAAGAGGAACUUUCAGCAGCGGCCUAACUGGAAGAAGAAGUCAUGGCUCGUCUGGUAGCAGUCUGCAGGGAAGGAGAAGAGGACUACCCGUUUCUUGCCAGACAGAUUCCCCUGUAUAUCGAUGAUACUCUCACGAUGGUGAUGGAAUUUUCUGACAGUGUCAUGGAUGUUGACAGCCAAGAAAUAAACACGUCUCAUUGGAAACAAUUCUCUGAGUAUCACUCCAAGUUGAAGCAACAGGACUUGAAUAUCGCCCUGAUGGUGACAUCCAGAGAGGUGUACGGUGCAUUAUCUCAGCUGGUGCCAUGCGUGGGCUGCAGACGAAGCGUGGAGCGCCUCUUCUCGCAUUUAGUGGAAUCGGGGAACCCAGCCUUGGAGCCCCUCACAGUGAAACCCACAGGCAUGCUGUCUGUCACCAAAGCCUGUUUAGCAGACGUAAAGAAGCUCUACACCCUCUUCUACGUCCAUGGGUCAAAGUUGAAUGACAUGAUUGAUGCCAUUCCCAAAAGUAAAAAGAACAAACGCUGCCAGUUACACUCCUUAGACACGCACAAACCUAAACCUUUGGGGGGAAGCUGGAUGGAUGUGUGGGAGCUGAUGUCUCAGGAGUGCAGGGACGAGGUGGUCCUCAUUGAUAGUGCUUGUCUCUUAGAGACACUGGAGACAUACUUGCGUAAACACAGGUUUUGCACUGACUGUAAGAAUAAAGUGCUGAGGGCAUACAACAUCCUUGUGGGGGAGCUGGACUGCAGCAAAGAGAAGGGGUAUUGCGCUGCCUUGUAUGAGGGACUAUGCUGUUGCCCCCAUGAACGCCACAUCCACGUGUGCUGCGAGACUGACUUCAUCGCUCACCUCCUUGGCCGGGCAGAGCCAGAGUUUGCAGGAGGCUAUGAACGCAGAGAGCGACAUGCCAAGACCAUUGACAUUGCACAAGAAGAAGUCCUGACCUGUCUCGGCAUUCACCUGUACGAGCGGCUGCACAGGAUCUGGCAGAAACUGCGAGCAGAGGAGCAGACCUGGCAGAUACUCUUCCAUCUGGGAAUCGAUGCACUACGCAAAAGUUUUGAGCUGGCCGUGGAGAAGAUGCAGGGGAUCAGUCGGCUGGAGCAGUUUGUCGAGGAGCUGUCUGAGGAGGAGAGGGCCAAAGAGCUGAAGCAGGAGAAAAAGAGGCAAAAGCGAAAAAAUCGUCGCAAAAACAAGUGUGGCUUUGACAUAUCUGAACAGGAGGGAGAGGACAAGGAGAAAAAUCUGGACGAGGGUUCUCUUGAGUCUGUGGAGGGCACUUGCCAGGUCUGUGGUAGCAACGAUGAGGAGGAAGAGGAGGAGGAGGAGGCCGUAUGUGUUCAGAGCGUCGCCGCCAGUGGAAGCACUUCCUGUAGCUGCCCAGACACCGGCAAACAGGAUUUGUCUCCCCACAGCAAUGGUAGUGACUGCGGCUACUCCUCAAGCAUGGAGGGCAGUGAGACGGGAUCGCGAGAAGGUUCUGAUAUUGCCUGCUCUGAGGGAAUAUGCAACCAUGACGAUGCAGGAGAUGACUCAAAUGCCCAUCGCUGUGCUGAAGACAAGGAGGAGGAUGCAUUAGACAGCUGUGUGGACUGCUGGCCAAACUCUGUGGAAAACACUCAAUGCAAGAGUAAAAAGAAGAAAAGGAAGGGCAAGGGUUUAUGCAACGAUCAGGGGCAAAAGGAUGAAGAUUGUACAUCAGAUGGGAUCAGGGAAACAGGCCAAAGUCCACCAUCAUCACACACUUGCCGAACCAAAGAAAUCUUUUCCUCCUUGUGUGGCGGUACACUGGCCAGCAUUGCACUACGGUUACCUUGGACAGUAAAUCAGAAUAACCUCAGCCUUGAUGCGAGGUCUCCAGAGGCAAAAGCAAGUCUCAUGGAACUUCUGGAUGAUUCAGAAGUGACUUCAGAUGAAGAGAAUUGUCUGACAAAGGAUGAAAUUCAGGCAUUUUUGCAAAGAAACCAGUCCUUCUACAACAACCGCCACCAGUACCGACAGCUGCUGAAAGAGAAGUUCACCAACUACUGCCGUGCCACUGAGCGGAGUAAGCCAGUCUGUGGAAAGUGGUUCACCACAACCAGUGUCAACUAACUGCACUAAUGGCAUCUUCCCGGGGGAAAACACUUGUGACCACUGCUGCAACAUCUUUAGAAAAGAUACAAUUCUGAAGUGCAUUUGAUGUCUUGUUCAGUCGUUUCUCCUUUAAAGUAAAUGUGAUUCUGUUGAUCAUCUCUCUCUUUCUUUCUUUUGCACUACACCAACACACUUUUCCAUCUCAUUUCUUGGCCACUUUCUCACCUGUAAUUGUUCUCUUUGACCAAGGCUAGCCCAUUUGUUGGUCUUCUGUAGGGGUUGUUGGGUAAGAGCACAGUGGAAUCAGUAAUCAUGCGUCGUAAGCUGUGACAUUAGGGAUACAUUUUAGGAGUCUUAUUUUAUGUUUUUGUUUUCUAUUUUAUUUCUAUUUGGUGACACUUCAAUGUAGUGGGAAAGGUUGUACCAUUAAAUGUGUACAGAAAUUCUAAAUAUGAAGAUUUUACAGAGAAUAAACAUCCAUUUGUAAUAAGGAUUUGGGUGUGAUGUUAAGAGCGCAAUGUGCAAAAUUUACUAAAUAAAAAAUAUUUAUUAAUAUG